UCUCUUCUCUCCUCACUACUCACGACUAGCUCUCGUAGAGCACCAUCACUGAAUCACCACCGAUGUUCAAGGCUGCAAACCCGUACGAUGAGAUCGUCAACAAGGCCACCGCAGAGACGCUGACCAGCGAGAAUUGGGAGCUCAACCUCAAUGUAUGCGACAAGGUCUCAAGCGAGGGAGAGACUGGCGCCCGCAAUUGUCUGGCAGCCAUCCAGAAGCGCAUUAUCCACCGCAAUGCAAACGUCCAGCUCUACUCACUCACACUAUGCGAUGCCCUAGCGAAGAACUGUGGCGUCGAAGCCCAUAGAGAGUUGGCAUCUCGUACCUUCACGCAAACGCUACAAAGGGUAGUGGUAGACCGCAACACCCACGAGACGGUCCGCAAGAAGACCCUGGAAAUGAUCAAGGAAUGGGCCAAAGACUUCAGCAGCGACGACACUCUGGGGAUGGUUGGCGAGACAAUGGCUGCCCUCAAGGCCCAAGGAUACAAGUUCGACGAUCCUGUUCAGCAAGAUGCUCCGCCUACUGAGCCCAGUUCGGAUCUUCUCAGAAAGGAGGACGAGGAGCUGAGGAGAGUCUUGGAACUGUCCAUGAAGGACGUCGGGGGACGAGGCAACUACAGUGAUAACGCUGUCGGAGGUUCAUCGAAUGCUGCUGGCUCUUCGAGCUCUGCUGGGUGGGCCAAUGGCGAUAGCCGCGGUCAAUCCGGUAGCGCUGCAGCUGCGCUACUGGACAAGUCCUCGCCCAAUCCAGAUGCAGCUACUAGCCAGACUCAGCAAACCAAUCGCGCACAGCCAAACGUUGAGCAUAAUACUUCAGCCUCCCAAGCAUCUGCUGUAUCAGCAGCUCCUACUCGAGUGCGAGCUCUGUACGACUUUGCUCCUUCGGAGGUGGGGGAGCUGGCCUUCAACAAGGGGGAUAUCAUUCGGGUACUCGAUUCUGUCUAUGAGCACUGGUGGCGAGGCGAGCUACGAGGUGAGGCGGGAAUCUUCCCUGUCAACUACGUCGAGAUCUUGCCCACGCCCAGUCCUUCUGAGAUCCAGCGGGAAGCAGAACAGGAGGCUAGGAUCUUCGCACAGGCUCAUGAUAUCGAUCGCCUACUCGGCCGACUCAGAAGUCUUGAUCCUGCCAGAGAAAGCCUCGCAGACGAUGAAGAGCUGCAGGAUCUCUAUCAGGCCUCUCUAGCGAUGAGACCAAAGAUCGUGAGGCUCAUUGACAGGUAUUCGAGCAAAGUUGAGGAGCUGCGAUCGAUGAACGAGAAAUUUGUAGAGGCGAGGAGCGUCUUUGAUGGCAUGAUGGAGAGAAGCCUGGCUCAGCAUCAGUACCGAGGGCCUCCUGGCAGUGCAGGUCCAGGGCCUGCUGCUUACGCGGGGGCGAGACCGGGCUAUGCUCAUUCUCAGCAGGGUGGUGCGCCGCCUCAGCAAGCGGGGUGGGAGGCUCAGCAACAGCAGCAACAUCAUCAGUAUGCACAGCAGCAGGGCUAUCAGAGCUCUCCUCAGGUGUCAUCUGCUUCCGCAGGUCCGCCUUAUCAACAGGCCGGAUACGCUCCGCCUUCGCAACACGACCAGCAGGGCUAUGCCCAGUGGCACGCCCAGCAGCAGUCUCACCCUCCUCAACAGCCUUCGCAUGGCUACCCUUCCCAAGCUCAGCAAGGUCAACCCCAGGACCAGCAUGGAUACGCCUCACAGCCGCCUCAGAGGCAGACAUCACAGCCUCAGCAGGGUCGUUCCUCACAACCGCAACAGGGUAGCGAUCCCUACCAGCAGACUCACCUACAGCAGACUCAGCAGCCAUCUCAGUCGAGCCAGGGCUAUGGGCACGCAGAUCCCCGAUCACAACAGUCGGCGUAUGGAAUCAGCAGUCAAGGUCCUCCUCAGCACAUGGGAGGAGCUCCUUCGUCGUCAUCCUCUUCCCAGCAGCAGCCUCCUCCCAAUGGCGGUGCUGGCUAUUCCGGUCCUCCAGUACCAGUGAUCGUCCAAGAGGACGAGAAGAAGCGUUUGUUUGAGCAGGCCAGGAGGGAGGCCGAGGCAUAUCAUGCAGCGUACGGACCCGGUGGUAGUGGCAGUGGCCAGUAGUUGAUAGCCCUCAUGCUCUGUGUAGUACAUAAUGAUGACAUUGCCUCGCCUUGAGACCGACUGUGAAGC